AGGAGUCCUUAAUAUUUUUUCUUUGUCAGGUUAGUAUGUAUUGUAUGUGUUUUCAUGGCUCUUCUAUGGAAGAUCCACGUGAAGUGUGCCAAUCUGAAUAAGGUGUUCUUAGUUAAUCUUCAGUCAAUCAAUCUGCAGAGGCCACAGAGCACAGAGAGCAGUGAUGUGUGACAAGCAUGCAGCUGGGGUUAUGAUGACUAAAACUGCAUUUUCAGUUCUAUAAACAGCUCACAUUGCAUCCCUUUCAGCCUACAUACCUGAUGCGUCUUCACACAAACUAACAAGAGUUUUAAGAUAAGAUAAGAGUUUUAAGAUAAGAUAAGAUAUUCUCUUGGUGUAUGUGAGUGAGUGGUGGCUUUCCCAUAAUCCCAUAUUUCAGGUCAGCCAGGCACACGUAAAACAGUGGCAACCAAUAAUUCUUUCUGCUUUCAUGGCCAAUUCGAAAACUUUUAUUUAAUUUUAUGAGAAUCUAUCUAAUGGCAGCGGAGAGUAUAUGCAACAUAUUUAUUUGUUAACAUAUGUUGUUUUACUUACUGGGGUGACAUUACUUGAGAAUUGGGGGAACAUGUGGUUUGAAGUGUGGUGAUGUCACUGAGCUAUUUAGCAGGAUCAGAAGAACAGCCCACAUGGGUAUUCACUGCAAUCUUUGUUCAGGCUAUUUGUUCAAGGCAUAACAUAUUUGUAAACACAAACAAAUUAAGUGAGCAAGAAAACUUACAGCAUGCUCCUCAGAAACUUACCAGCUGAGCCAUCUAACUCCAAGCCUUACCAGGGCGUUAGAGUUAAAGACCCCGUGAAGGAACUCCUGAGGAGAAAAAGAGGAAGCAGCAAUCCUCACAGCGCCACAUCACCCCCUACUGCCGUGGUGUUUCCAAACAGCAUUUUACCAUCAUAUAAUAUUGGGACCUCAGGUUUUCUGGAGGGUAGCCCCGGUGGUGGCUAUGAUAUGGUCACUGAUGCUGGAGCUCUCUACACCGGAUGGCUGGCCCAGCCUACAGCUCCCACCCUGCAGCCUGUGAGCCACUGGCCCCCCCCAGACUACUUCCACACCGACACCACCCCUGUCCCGGCCUUCUCUGCCGACAUGUACGUCCAGCCUGUCUGUCCGAGCUACACCAUGGUGGCGCCGUCGUCUCUGCUAACUCUGACACACACUCCCCUAUUCACCAACAUCGGGACCAUAACUUCGACCCCAGCAGCGCUGCCGCAGGUGGAUUUCCACGACACGUCGCUGGCUUACAUUCCCUGGCCUCAGCCCCUGACCACCAUCCCUGGCCCUGUGAUGCAGUACCCGCCUUGCUCUACAGCCUUGCCCACAAGCCCUGUGCCCCCCGAACCCCCUGGGCCCUCAGAGCACGUCACGGUGCCCAUGCCAGAACCUGACCAACAGCAGAUGGAGGAGGAGCCGAACCCACUGGAGAAGCUUCUGGAAGAUGACCCCAAAGACUCCUAUGUUUGUAGCCCCUCGGUGUUCACGCAAGAUGUCUGAGGCCUGGAACGUGGGCCUCAGUAGACACAGUGUUAAAUAUGUCUGUCUGUACUUAUAAAUUGGUUGUGAUGCAAAUAGUUUGUUGCAAUGGCCUUGUGCACAGGUGAAGAAGGUGCUUGGUCAUAUUCUUGUUUUUAAUCAAUGAUGUGUGUCAUCCUCUAAUCUGUUUUUCUCCAAGAACAUCUGACAAGGGAGCAAAUGUCAUUCAAGACAUUUUAUACAAUUUUCAGGUGAUAUGUUGAAAAUCUUGUUGUAGUUCAGUGUUAUUGUAUCCUAUAUUUUGAAGCAGCAACAAAAUAAUAGUGCAGAUUGCAUUUGCUUUAUGGAAGUUAUUAUUAAGAUAUAAUUUUUAUGCCAUGCCUUCUCGUUUUGCAUUAUGGAUAUAAUGCGCAAAAUGUGUUUCUUGUAUUCCUGCUUCAUCUUGUAUGAAUUAAUUUUAAUAUCAUAUCAUAUAUAUCAAUGUGCAACCAUAAGUACCCAAUUUCAUUAAUUAAAAAACCAUUAACCUCA